GGGCGGGCCCGGCGCCGCCAUGGCCGCGUCCCCGGCGCAGCGCCGCCGCUGGGAACGGGAGCAGGCCCGGCUGAGGGCCAGCGUGGUGGAGGAGGACACCGAGGAGUGGCAGAAGGAUCCCCGCUUCACCGGCCUGGAGAGAGUGGGAGGCGUGGACUUAUCCUACAUCAAGGGCGACGAGAGCCGUGCCUGCGCCUCCCUGGUCGUGCUCAGCUACCCGGCUCUGGAGGUGCUGUACCAGGAUUGCCGCAUGGUGGCCGUCAGUGCCCCGUACGUGGCCGGAUUCUUGGCCUUUCGAGAGGUGCCGGUCCUGGUGGAAGCUGUCCAGAGACUUCAGCAGGAGGAGCCCCAGCUCCAGCCUCAGGUGCUUCUGGUAGAUGGGAACGGCCUGCUCCAUCCCAGAGGGUUUGGCACCGCCUGUCACCUGGGAGUGCUGACGGACCUGCCGUGCGUCGGCGUGGCCAAGAACCUCCUGCAGGUGGAUGGCGUGGUCAGGGACGAGCUGCACAGGGAGCAGGUUCGUUCCCUGCAGAGCUCAGGAGAGGCGUUCCCGCUGACAGGCGCCUCGGGGAAGGUCCUGGGCAUGGUGCUGCGGAGCUACAACAACAGCUCCAAGCCCCUCUACGUGUCCGUGGGCCACCGGGUGAGCCUGGACACGGCCGUGCGCCUCGUCAGGGCCUGCUGCCGCUUCCGCGUCCCGGAGCCCAUCCGGCAGGCUGACAUUAGGUCCAGGGAGUACCUUCGGAAGCUGCCCUGUGCUCCGCUGGAGGUGCCUGGGGCCGUCCCUGCCAGCCCAGAGAGGUGUAACCUGAGGGUGAGCAGAAAUACCUGCAGGGAGCUGGUUUUGACCCCCAGGUCUUGGGGAGGGUCAGAGUCCCCUGCUCUUACAUAAGCAGCAAAAAGGAGGCUGAACCGGAGGAUUAGCCUGGUGCCAGAAGAAAGCGCAGAGCUCCUCUUCGCUGGGUCCUGUCCUGCCCCGAGGCCGAGUCCUGCUGGGUGCAGGAGCCCAGUGCCACCCUGAGGGACAGCUGUGCCAGGCUGUGUCCCACAGCGCAGCACCAGCCACUGCUCAGGGGGAAUCCUUGCACUGAAUUGCUCAGGGUUCAUUUUCAUUGCCGUUAAAAUGUUGGUGUAAGCCAAGGCUCGCAUUUGCAACACCUCACUGGAGCCCUUGGGCAGCUAUGGGGGUAACUUACAGGGAUGUUGGGGCAUUUCCACUGCGCAGGGGAGGGGGGGUCAG